CGCAGCUGCCUCACUUUCACCACCACCACCAGCAGCAGCAGCUACUGCCGCCGCGCCAUGUGCUCGCCACCUGCGCCUCCGACUCCUCCUGCAACGCACUGACUGACCCGCCGCCCAGCCAGCCAGCCAGACGACGACAGACAGCGCCAGCCACGACCACCAUGCGGCGGCGGCGGCGGCCGUCCACUGCUACCCCGGCGCCUGCUCCGUCCGCCGCCUCCGUCAGCUCACCGCCUUCUCCCUACCCGGCGGCAUUCGCGUCGCUGGGUCCAGCUCCGUCGCCGGGUCCCGGUCCGGGUCCAGGUCCAGGUCCCGCCCCGGCGCCCGAGCCGUCUGCUGCGGCGUUCGUGGGCGGCAGGCGUGGCGGUGGCGGCGCCGGAUCGAGCCUGAGCCCGCCGCUCAUCGCGAUGCUAGCCGUGGUGGGCGCGGCGCUGCUGGUGGUGCUGUACGCGCGUCUAGUGAGCCGCGUGUUCCGCGCGGCGCGUCGGCGGUGGCGCCGGCGACGCCGCCUCCGGCUGCUGAUGAUCCCGGGCUCCCCCUCGGCGCGCGGCGGGGACGACUCGUUCGCGUCCUUCACCACGUACGACAACUACUACCACACCUUCUCCCCCUACUACGGCCUGGGCCUCGACGACGCCGCCAUCAAGUCGCUCCCGUCGGCGCAGUACCUGGGCGCCGGUGGUUCGGCGUCGUCGUCGGCGUCGGCGCGGGGAUCCGGCGCGUCCAGGGAGUGCGCGGUGUGCCUGCUGGAGUUCGCGGACGGCGACGAGCUCCGCGCGCUGCCGCUGUGCGCGCACGCGUUCCACGCCGACUGCAUCGACGUGUGGCUCCGCGCGCACGCCUCCUGCCCGCUCUGCCGCGCCGCCGUCGCGCUCCCGCCGCCCGUGCCGUCGCCGCUGCACCCGGCGCGCGCCGCGCGCCGCGUGCGCCCCAGCCUCGACGACCUCCUCUUCUUCCACCCGGUGCCGCCUUCUGCUCAUGCUCAUCCGGCGGGGGGCGAGCAGCAGCAGGCGGAGAUCGCACCGGCCAGCCCGGACCAGCAGCAGCAGCAGCAGCUCGCGGCGGGUGCCAGGGACUUUUUGCUCAAGCGCUCCUACUCCUUCGGCUUCGAGCGGAGCCUCGCCAUGGUGGAGGCGGCGUCGACAGCAUCACCUCCAUGGCGGUACCGCGUGUUCUCCGCCGCAGGCGCCGCGACCGACGGCGGGACCACCUCCCGGGGCCGCGGCUUCUGGAGCAAGCGCUGGCCGUCCCCGUUCGGCGGCGGCGGCGCGGGCGGAUCCGCGGCCGCUCGCGUAUUCUCCUUCCGUUCGUACCACGUCGGCGGCGGUGGCGGUGGCGGUGGGGUGGCGUGCAAGCCGUCCCCGUUCUCCCGGCGGUUCCGCGGCGGCGGUAGCGGGUUCUUCAUGUCGCUGGCGUCGGAGCCGCCGUCGAUCCUGGCCGCCGCGGCGAGGCGGGGCAGCCGCGCGGCCGCCGCGUCGAGCCGGCUCCGGUGCGGCGACCCCGAGGCGCUGCUGUCGCCGGACCGGCUGAGCCGCUGAGCGAGGCAUGGGGACGGCGGCGGAUCUCGGGAUCAGGGCGUGGUGGUGGGCCUGGCGCCUGCGUGGAGACGGGGGCGGGCAGUAAUGGCGCGAUAAAUGCGAGGCCCUGCCGCGGUUUUAAUGGCGGGAGGACGUGUGCCCAGACCGCGUGGUGUCGCUUGCUGCAGCCGGCCAGCCACCCAGCAGAGCAGCUCGGGCGGGCCCCAGCUCUCACUCCCAAGUGGCCACUGGCUCGGCUCGGCUCGGCUCGGCUCCGUCUGAUCCAUCACCUUUUUUUCAAAUCUCAGCGCUGUCUCUCCUCUCGUCGGUGCGGUGUGGGCGUGUAGGGCCGGUGGGGCACAGGCAUGUCUGGGCCGUCCGAUCAGAAAACGACGGCAUCCGGGGUGGAGGCCUCGUUUUCUCGCCGGACGGCUCGUAGUCAUGGAUCAUCAUGCAUGCUUCUUCUUCCUUCGUUCCGUUUGGUUUUUCUCUCAAGGCCAUGACUAGGCCAAGCCAUCUCCUGUUUUCGACUGUAUUUCCAGCGGUACCCUAUAAUAUUGUAAUUUUUAUACUAGCUUGCUUUUUGUACAAGUUAUAGAACGUACUGUAAAGACUGUUUGGUACGCAUGUCAUGUCUCACGGCACCAUCGGUAUGUGAUGCAGUAUAUAGCAUGGCAGUUAACUCC